AUGGCACAGCAUGCGCCACAAACUAGCGACGAGGCGCCAGCUUCUCGAUGCCAGUUCAAUGCAACCCUACCUCUAGACAAGCUUCGAGGCCUUAUCCCCGUUUUCCUUGCUAAGCCUGCGAAUGUCAAACUCGAUAUCGACCCUAUUCCUAGAACGAAUGUUGAACGCCGUCGAGCCUCACGUGUCGCCGUUUCCCUUGAUCAAGAUGAGGCUCUUCCCGAGAAGAUUUCUACACAGCAGGAACACGGGAUUAGUGUAUCAGAAUCAGUCGCCAGAGAUGAGACAGUCCUCUACCUCGCGUACGGGUCAAACUUAGCAUCCAAGACAUUUCGCGGAAUGCGGGGCAUCAAACCGCUCUCGCAGAUCUCUGUGCUUGUCCCCGAACUUCGUCUCACCUUCGAUCUUCCGGGAGUACCAUACCUAGAGCCGUGUUUCGCAGGCACACAAUACAGAGAUUUCUCUCAUCCAGCAUGUGAUGAGAUCGAACCCCAAGAUGACGAGACGGAUAUGUUGGACAGUGAGUAUCUGUCAGAGAAAACAGCGCUCGUGGGUCGGACACGAGAGGUGGAGGUAGUCUCGGAUUGCGACAAGCGUCAAUGGCACAAACCUCUCAUCGGAGUCGUCUAUGAGGUCACACUAGCCGACUAUGCGAAGAUUAUCGCCACAGAGGGCGGUGGUCGUGGAUACCACGACGGUGUGAUCGAUUGUCAUCCCUUCCCUCACUCGUACGACCCAUCCGACCCUGUCCCAGAUUACCCUACCACACCAGCUUUUAAGGCACGUACCCUGCUCUCACCAGCUGCGGACGACGCCCGCAUUAAAUCCCAAUCCCAGAAAGGCCAUGUCGCGCUGCCCAGUGGUCCAAAGCUCUCCUGGUGGUAUACCGCCUUCUUGCAUUGCCGGCCGGACCCUAACUACGCUCAACCCUCUGCCCGCUACCUUGGGUUGCUCAAGACUGGCGCUGCGGAACAUGAUCUACCUGCUUCAUAUCAAGAAUAUCUUGCGCAGAUCAGAACUUAUCAUAUUACAACCACGCGCCAGAAGAUCGGGAAGGUCGUCUUCCUAGCUCUGUGGGCGCCUUCGUUGAUUUCGACUAUGACAUUGUCCAGGAUAUUCGCAGGUCCUGAUGGUCGUAUUCCUCCGUGGCUGGUGGCUCUGUCUAAUAUGGUGUUUUUGAGUGCGUGGGUUAGCUAUGAUUAUUUCUUUGCUCCUCUCUUUGGUGAUGGCGAGCGAGCUUUAGAUGAUACCCGGGCCUGA